UCGAUACCGGUGGCGGCGUUGGCGCGCGGUACCCGUGGCGACCGACGCGAGGAUUUCGAUUGUUUUUAAUCCAAUUGUGGGAAUAAUGAGUAAAUCUGAAAUCAUUUACCGUAUAGAUGGUAUUAUAAAACAUAAUAGUACAUAUACAAGUAUACAUUGCUGUACUGUUUCGAUCCGUUGUCUUUGAUCAUUUUGAUUUCGGUUUAAGCUUGUGACAAUAUUAUAUAAGUAAAUAUCUACCCGUAAAAUAAUGAUGUCCGUUGGCGAGCGAAAGGUCCUCAGACCUCACAAGAACAGCAGCUGGCGACAGGCGUUCGAGAUGCCAGGCGACAAUAGUGAUGGUGCUCGGCAAUCGACCACGCACGAGACUUACCAGCCGCCUAAAACCGUCGAUGAAAAACCGCUUAACGAUAAAGAGAGAAAAAGGAAAGAAUUCGAAGAACAUUUGUGGAAAACAAUGACUGAAAAAGUAAUGAAUGACUUAGCAGUUAAAGCAAAGACAUUUUAUGAUCAUAAUGGUCAAUUUGAAACAACGUACAACAGUACAUUUCAAAUAAAAGGGUUCAAACCAAAAGAAAUAGGAGAACAAUUGGACGAAGAACUAUGUGCCAAGUAUCCAUUGUACAAUACAAACGGUAUGUCUGUGCCGGUUAACCGAUAUGAGUACGAUAAAGCUAAGCAACCUAUACACAAACCUUUGACGCAUCUAUUCAAAAAGGACAACCGGUUCACCAGUCGAAUGAGCAACCUCAACGAUUAUCAUGCUCCAGUUGACCCUGCACAUUUUGCUUUCGUUUAAAAAAAAUUAACUUAAACUGUACAUUGACAUAUACUUAGUUUGGUAUAUACCUAUUAUCUACUAUAAUUAUAUUAUAUUUUUCAAUAAGCAAACAAUGGAUUGAAAAAAACGAAUGUAUCGUU